AUGCCCAAUUUGACGUUAUGUGACGAGGAUGAAACUCGAACAAAAGUAACAUUGUCCUCCAACGCGUUGAUAGAUUCCGAGCAAUCUGGUUGGCGAAUAACAUUGCCGAUUAACGGUGAACCGAUUCAGCACGUCAACAUUACAUCACUGGAUGAUGAUGAGCCCAUUGAGCUAAAAUCGAAAGAGACGUCUCGCGCUAAAUUCGGUAUAUCGCGGACAGUGAGUAUUCAUGACGAUAGAGUCGCACCGGAGCUGGUGCCGGAGAUGAGCGUCGUCGCACCAGAGUCCGUGCCGGAGGCGAGCAUUAUCGUGCCGGAGACGAGCGUCGUCGCACCGGAGCUCGUGCCGGAGACGAGCGUCGUCGCACCAGAGUACGUGCCGGAGACGAGCGUCGUCACACCAGAGUCCGUGCCGGAGACGAGCGUCGUCGCACCAGAGUCCGUGCCGGAGACGAGAAUUAUCGUGCCGGAGACGAGCGUCGUCGCACCGGAGCCCGUGCCGGAGACGAGCGUCGUCGCACCGGAGCCCGUGCCGGAGCUUGUGCCGGAACUCGCACCGGAGCUCGUGCCGGAACUCGCACCGGAGCCCGUGCCGGAGACGAGCGUAGUCGCACCAGAGGCGAGCAUUAUCGUGCCGGAGGCGAGCAUUAUCGUGCCGGAACCGAAUAUCGUCGCACCGGAGCCAGUGCCGGAGCUCGUGCCGGAACUCGCACCGGAGCCCGUGCCGGAGGCGAGCAUUAUCGCACCGGAGCCUAAUAUCGUCGCACCGGAGCCCGUGCCGGAGGCGAGCAUUAUCGCACCGGAGCCGAAUAUCGUCGCACCGGAGCCCGUGCCGGAGGCGAGCGUUGUCGCACCGGAAUUGAACAUUAUCGUGCCGGAACCGAAUAUGGUCGCAUCGGAGGCGAGCGUUAUCGUGCCGGAACCGAACAUUGUCGCACCGGAGCCCGUGCCGGAGAUGAGCGGUGUCCCACCGGAACCAAACAUUAUUUCGCCAGAGUCGAGCAUUAUCGCACCGAAGGCGAGCAUUAUCGUGCCGGAACUAAACGCAAAUAACGAGCACGGUCCGAAAAUGCGCAACAAACGAUCCAUCGUUGAACAAUCAGGUGUAUUUGGAACAAGGAAAAAUAAGCGCACUAGACAAUAA